CAUAAUGCAUCCCGGGCCGGGCCGGGCAGAGCCGCUGGAGCCGGGCCUCCGCCGCUAGAGGCUGGCGAGGACUGUCUUCCUGGGCCGGCGACAGGGCAAGGGGCGGAGGGAGGGUGCGGUACACCGCGCUGUGGCCAUGUCUGCGUCCCCGGGGGGCUGUGACCCCGCCAACCUGCGCCCUCAAUCCUGGCCCUGUCGGACACCCGCGCCCUUCUGGGGGUCCGACAGAGGGCAGUGACCGGCAAUUUCGGUGCAUCCUGGGACCCCCAGAGAAAUAGGGAUCCUUCUGCUGAUGCUUUGGGGACCAUAUGUGAUGCUGGGGACUGAACCCAGGUGGGGCACAUGCAAGCCAAGGGCCCUGGCCCUGGUACCACUUCUUCAAGCCCUAGAUUGACUUUCUUGUUGAGUGGAGUGGAAUCAUUACAGAACUGAGAGUCCAAGGAUGGCAGCCGACAUGCAGAGGAAGAGGAGCAGUGAAUGCCCUGAUGGCACAUUGGCUCCUUCUGAUGGGCAGAGUGUGGAGAGAGCUGAGAGCCCCACACCAGGACUGGCCCAGGGAAUGGAGCCAGGUGCUGGGCAGGAGGGUGCCAUGUUUGUCCAUGCCCGUUCCUAUGAGGAUCUGACUGAAUCAGAGGACGGGGCGGCUUCUGGGAACAGCCCCAAGCAGGGUGCUGGGGUUCCUUCACCCCUGCCGGCAGACAUGCGUCAGAUCAGCCAGGACUUCAGUGAGCUGAGCACCCAGCUGACGGGGGUGGCCCGAGACCUGCAGGAGGAGAUGCUGCCUGGAAGCUCUGAGGACUGGCCAGAGCCCUCGGGGGCAGCUGGGAGACCAGCCACAGAGAACCCCGCUGAGGGCACAGGUGAGGAGGAGGAGGAGGCUGCCGAGGCCUGGCGUCAGCACCAGAAGCACGUGUUUGUGCUGAGUGAGGCGGGGAAGCCUGUGUACUCGCGCUACGGAUCGGAGGAGGCACUUUCCAGCACCAUGGGGGUCAUGGUGGCGUUGGUGUCCUUCCUGGAGGCAGACAAGAACGCCAUCCGCUCCAUCCAUGCAGAUGGCUACAAGGUAGUAUUCGUGCGCCGGAGUCCCCUGGUGCUGGUGGCGGUGGCCCGCACGCGGCAGUCAGCUCAAGAACUGGCGCAGGAGCUGCUCUACAUCUACUACCAGAUCCUCAGCCUCCUCACGGGCGCGCAGCUGAGCCACAUCUUCCAGCAGAAACAGAACUACGACCUGAGGCGCCUGCUCUCGGGCUCCGAGCGCAUCACCGACAACCUGCUGCAACUCAUGGCGCGAGACCCCAGCUUCCUGAUGGGGGCGGCGCGCUGUCUACCCCUGGCGGCGACCGUGCGCGACGCCGUGAGCUCCAGCUUGCAGCAGGCACGCGCGCGCAGCCUCGUCUUCUCCAUCCUGCUCGCACGCAACCAGCUCGUGGCGCUGGUGCGCCGCAAGGACCAGUUUUUACACCCCAUCGACCUCCACCUGCUGUUCAACCUCAUCAGUUCCUCGUCGUCCUUCCGCGAGGGGGAGGCCUGGACGCCUGUGUGCCUGCCCAAAUUCAACGCCGCUGGCUUCUUCCACGCCCACAUUUCCUACCUGGAGCCCGACACGGAUCUCUGCCUGCUGCUGGUCUCCACCGACCGCGAGGACUUCUUUGCCGUCUCCGACUGCCGCCGCCGCUUUCAGGAGCGCCUGCGCAAGCGCGGAGCUAACCUGGCGCUGCGGGAGGCGCUGCGCACGCCUUACUACAGUGUCGCCCAAGUGGGCAUCCCCGACCUGCGCCACUUCCUCUACAAGUCAAAGAGCUCGGGACUCUUCACCAGCCCUGAGAUUGAGGCGCCCUACACCAGUGAUGAGGAGCAGGAGCGGCUGCUUGGGCUCUACCAAUACCUGCACAGCCGUGCCCACAAUGCCUCCCGCCCACUCAAGACCAUCUACUACACGGGUCCCAACGAGAACCUCUUGGCCUGGGUGACAGGUGCCUUUGAGCUCUACAUGUGCUACAGCCCUCUGGGGACCAAGGCGUCCGCUGUCAAUGCCAUCCAUAAGUUGAUGCGCUGGAUCCGCAAAGAAGAAGAUCGCCUUUUCAUCCUCACACCCCUUACCUACUGAGGAAAAUGUAGUGUGCUGCAACCCAGAACCAUGGGAGCCUCCAGGUGGGGCAGCCUUUCUUGCCCAGACAGGGACUGUGGGCCAUUGAGUGCAUUAAAGUGCUCCAAGAAAGAUA